CCGCAUUAACUUUAGACCGUACUAGUAAUAACAGCAGCAACCAUGUACGCCCUUUUCUUGCAGUAUAUUAGAAAUAUGUGAUUGUUGUUAUUUCAGUAAAACUUCAAGUCUAGUUGUGCUUUCCAUCGGUAUAAGCAGCACGUCUUCCAAAAAGCCUACAUUAGCUGGCGCGACUUGGAAUGGUGAAGGCAAGGAACAAAGCUCGAGUAACGUUAUUCAGACAAGCUUUAUUGUAUGACACAGAGAUUUUUUUUGGCAAAUUCUCACUGCCUCACGGUGUAGUAAGUUGCUGUAGUUUGCCUCUUUAAAUGAGUCGGACUCCAGAUUAAGUUUCCCAGACGUUGGUUCACCAAACCCGCUUAUUGUCAUCUCUGUUACCUUGCAAAGAGUCUCGUAAGUUAUGAACUUUUUUGUAACUUAAGAUACUUUAACUGAUUAGUAAAGCUACCAUUGCGAACACACGCAUUCCAGCUGCUUGUUUGUUAUCCAAUGGAGCUAAAGUGGCGGUACUAGAAAGUACAGCUGAAGGUGGUUUUCUGAUGAGUCUAUGUCAGUACUCGUCGUUAAAUACCUGCAUUUGGCUGCACAAAGCUCGCUUUUCCAGUGAUCAUGGAUGAUUCCAAGCCACGAUACAGCAAAAGGCUGCGGGCUGGUACCCGUCGACGUUACCAUGAUGACGGCAUCUCAGAUGAGGAGAUUGAUGGAAGGAGGAUGUUUGACCUGGAGGAGAAAGUCAUCAGUCAGAGGUUUAGCUCUGACCGGGUCAUUCGCAUGGAGGGAAGAGACUUUACCUAUGAGUUCAUCCAGAGAGGUGGCCUGAGGGACCCAAUUAUCUUUGAGAAGCCUGAUGGACUGGGAAUCAAGAUGCCCGAUCCUGACUUCAGUGUUAAUGACGUCAAGAUGUUUGUUGGUAGCAGACGUAUGAUAGAUGUGAUGGACGUGAGCACUCAGAAGGGGACAGAGAUGUCCAUGGCCCAGUGGACACGUUACUACGAGACCCCCCCAUCUCAGAGAGAGAAGCUCUAUAAUGUCAUCAGCCUGGAGUUCAGCCACACCAAACUGGAGAACCUGGUCAGGAGACCUGCCACGGUAGAUCUAAUAGACUGGGUGGACAACAUGUGGCCUCGUCACCUGAAAGAGAGACAGAGAGACUCAACCAACUCCAUCAAUGACAUGCAGUACCCCAAAGUACAGAAAUACUGUCUGAUGAGUGUUGAGGGCUGCUACACAGACUUUCAUAUUGACUUUGGAGGGACCUCUGUGUGGUACCACAUACUGAGAGGAAGCAAGGUGUUCUGGCUGAUCCCUCCCACGCCUCAGAACCUGGAGCUGUAUGAGAACUGGGUGCUGUCGGGGAAACAGGGAGAUGUUUUCCUUGGAGACCGAGCAUCUGACUGCCAGAGGAUUGAACUGAAGCAGGGCUGCACCUUCAUCAUACCCUCGGGUUGGAUCCAUGCCGUCUACACGCCUGUGGACUCUAUGGUGUUUGGAGGAAACUUCCUACACAGCUUCAACAUCCCAAUGCAACUGAACAUCUGUAAUAUAGAAGACAGAACGCGAGUGCCAGUAAAGUUUCGUUACCCCUUCUAUUAUGAGAUGUGCUGGUACGUGUUGGAGCGCUAUGUCUUCAGCCUGACCAAGACCUCCUACCUCACACCAGAGUUUCAGAAACACUCGCUGGGAAUUGGUCUGAAUAAGCCGCCCAGCUCAGAUCCAGCAAGCGAACAGGUGAAGGAGGAGCAGGGUGGUGGCAGUGAUGAAGAGGCUUCAGAGCAGCAGUCUGACAAGCCUGCAGUUAAAAUUCAUCUGACUUCCCUUGAGCUGGAGGGAAUGUGGAACCUGCUGGGGAAACUGGAGGCUCUGCCCUCCAACAAGAAGUGUGUCCCAGCAGGGAUACACAACGCCCCGGCACUCAUUACACACAUCAAGGCUCUACUGAAGGAGCAUGCCAAUGACAACCCGAAACUCUCCUACACAGGAAAACCCAUCAUCAAGUGGCCAAAGAGACCCUCAUGGUACCAGCCUCCACCUCUUCCACCGCCUCCUCCUCGUCCUAAAUUGGCCUCUACUCCUGUCAUCCCACGACCACAGAAACCAGCAUCCUCCAUGUCUGUGCUGAGACGGCGCAGGGUCAGGUGUAAGCGCUGUGAAGCGUGUAUGAGACCAGAGUGUGGAGACUGUAACUUCUGCAGAGACAUGAAGAAGUUUGGAGGACCAGGAAAGCUCAAGCAGACCUGUGUUCUACGACAGUGUCUCUCUCCAGGCCUUCCUCUCUCUGCAGUGUGUGAAAUCUGCAAAGAGCCUAAUCAGGAGGAAACUGGAGACUCUUCCCUCACUCUGAUGGAAUGUUCCAACUGUGCGCAGAUAGUCCAUCCUGCCUGCCUCACGGUUCAGGGUGAAGGACUGGUGAAUAAAGACCUGCCCAGUUGCUGGGAGUGUCCAAAGUGUGUCCAAGGAAUUACUGACCCAGAGCAGUCGAAAGGAGACAAAGGUGAAGGCCUUCCAGUGAAGCGGAAAUCUUCCUCCCUGCUGGAUGCUCGUAUGGCUAAGAUUUACAGACGACAGAGACACAGCCGUGAUGGAGACGACUCUGCUAGUGAUGAUGAUGAUGAAGCCUCUCAGAGAAGAAGGAUGGUGCUUCAUGUCCGAGGAGGUGGGCACUCUUCUAGACGGGGGUUUGGUGCCAACAGGAGAGGCCUAAUGAGAGGAGGCUCAGCCCACAGAGGAAGCAGAGGAGGGCUCAUGACUCCCUGCUCCUCCUCAGUCCUCAAGCUAAAGCGAGGGAUGGGCAUGAGGGAGGGUGGACGGAGGGUACGAGGAGUGAGACUGCGGGGUGGCUCCAGGAUGCAGCGAAGAGGAGACGAGUCUGAGGAGUCAGAUGACGAUGAUGACGAAGACGAAGAAGAAGAAGAAGAAGAGGAGGAGGAGGAGGAAGACGACGAGGACAGUGAAGACAGAGGCAAAGAACAACAACAUCGUCGGCGUAGGAGGAGGCAUAGGACUGAUGAAGAUGAAGAUGAGGACAGUGAUGGACAGGAGUUUGACCCUGAAGAGGAGGAGAUGGACACACUGGAAGAUGAAGAGGAGGAGGAGGAGGUGGAGGAGGAAGGACGCUGGGAUUCAGACCCAGAACCCCCUGUCCUCCUUGUGUCCGAUCUGAACGAUGACCUGCUGAGUGGCUCUUAUCUGACUGUCACUCUACAGCGCCCCCACAAGGCCAAGAGACAAGCUGGCUCCAUAGUUCCAAAACUAGAAGCAGCUAUGGGUCCGAGGACAGCUUCAAUGGGUGCUGCUGGUCAGCAGGGUUUCCUCCAGAGGAAGACAGCUCUGUCCAAACCUUCACGACUCAAGAGUACUGACACUGCUGCUGACAGCAUAACCCCAAGAGGACCUGGCAGGCCACGUCUGCGGGGUAGCCAUGGUGACAAAGGCACUAGAGAUGGCUCUGUGUCUUCUUCAGAGGAAGAGGAAGCUGCCACUCCUCCUGCACCCUCCUCGCUGUCUCCUCCAUCCCUGCUGUCUUUGCCAUCCUUUAAGGACGUGGGCAAUGAGAUAGGAGGGGAGAAGGAGGUUUGGGUGUCUGUAUUCAGAUACCUGAACAGAGCUGAGCUGCUGGCCUGCAUGACUGUCUGUAAGGCCUGGUACAAGUGGAGCUGUGACAAGCGUCUGUGGAGCCACGUGGACGUGAGUCGAUGCAGCCCACUCACUAACCAGGCCCUGGCAGGCAUCAUCAAACGUCAGCCUGUCUCUCUGGACCUGUCCUGGACUCUCCUGGCCAAGAGACAACUCAACUGUCUGCUCACCAGGCUCCCAGGUCUAAGAGAGUUGAGGGUGACUGGUCUGUCCUGGUCUUGUCUGUCAGCACUGGUCUCUCCCACUCUGCCUUACCUGCGACUGUUGGAUCUGCGCUGGUGUGAAGGCAUUAAAGAUGCCCAGAUUAAAGAGAUCAUCAUCCCGCCUGGUUCAGAGUCAUCUCGCAGCAGACUGAGAAACAUGGUGACACUGCGUCUGUCCGGUCUGGACAUUAACGAGUCCACUCUCAGGCUGCUGCAACGCCACGUGCCCCAACUCGAGAGGCUGGACCUGGCUCACUGCAAAGACAUAACAGACUCGUCCAUUGCCCUGCUGGCAGCAGUCGGGACUCACACCCGCAACAACCUCACUGAACUCACAUUGGCAGGUUGUAGUGAGCUGACAGAUGGCUGUCUGUCCUACCUGAAACGUCUCUCGUCUCUGACUCUGCUGGACCUCAGAGGAUGUAAGGGCAUCAGUAGACGAGCCUGUGAUGCCUUUAUCUCUGACCUGUCCCACGUUGCCCUCUACUGUAUGAUGGAGGAGAAGCUCAUCCAGCGCAUAGACUAACAAACAUCUUGUUACAGCACAGUUGCAGCUGUGAGGGGGAAGAAUAAAUGCUUUGUCAAAUUUAUUUUUAUAUGCUAAACGUUUUGUCUAUCUUGCCCAGCAUGAAGAGCACCAAACCUGGGUUUAACUGUUCACUGGCAGUUUGGCUGUCUUUUAGAGGCCAAAGGAAACUGCUCCAGAGCUCCUAAAAUAUCACUGUUUUCUGUUUCAACAUGUGAAUAAAUACCUCACAGGA